CACCCGGGAACUCCCCCCUCCCCCACGCGCCUCCGCGUGACGUCACGAGAUCCUGGAACCAGGAAGUGGAGCAGGGAGUCGACUCGUGGCUCUGUUCGCCGCUUAAUUUGAUCCGCGAGAAUCGAUCGCAUGGAGAAAAGACCCUCGACACAGCCCAGUGCUAAAAGGCACCAAUGUGACAAGUGUCAAUACAGCACGGAUCGCCGUGGACAUUUGAAGCAGCACCAGAGAACACACACGGGCGAGAAGCCCUUCAAGUGCACUCUGUGUGGGAAGACGUUUGCAGAGUCAGGAACUCUUAAGAAACAUUAUAGAACACACACGGGUGAGAAGCCCUUCAAGUGCAGUGUGUGUGAGAAGGCAUUUUCUCGUUCACAUGCUCUUCAUAUCCAUCGGAGAACACACACGGGUGAGAAGCCCUUCAAGUGCACUGUGUGCAAGAAGGCAUAUGCUAAUUCAAGAAAUCUUCCUUUUCAUCAGAGAACACACACAGGUGAGAAGCCCUUCAAGUGCACUGUGUGUGGGAAGGGGUUUGCACGGUUAGAAGCCUGAAAGAAGCAUGAGAAGACCCACAUGGAGACAGAGGUGGAAUCGAGAAGUAAAAGUCAAAGUGCUGCACUGAUCCCAUCUCGCGUGAAACAAGAACUAGAAGACAACCCCAGCUUGGCAACAUCACCAGCAGUGAAGGUGGAAUGUGAAGAUGAAAAUUUUACUCCAGAACCCAGCCUCCAGGUGGAUAAAGACAGUGUGAAGCAGGAGAAGCAGGAGGAUUUUGAAGGAGAGCGAGGCGACUCCCAGGAGUUUGUGGAUGUGGAGGUGUGGGUGGAGUUUUUGGGGGAGCGGUCCUGGAGCGGUUAGCGUGCUGCGCAACACACACACUUACAGAGUGUACACAGUGGAGAAGGUGAAAUACAUUUUUUUUUAAUUGAAAGUGCUGCAAUGAGCCCAUCUCUUAUGAAACAAGAACCAGUAAAAAUUAUGUUUUGACAACAUGACCAGGAGUGACGGUGAAAUUUUAAGAUCAAAAUUCGACUCCAGGAACCGACCUACAAGUCGAUGGAGGCAGCGUGAAGCAGGAUAAUUCUGAUCCCCAGGAGUUUGUGGAGGUGUGCGUGAACUUUUUGGACAUAGCUGAGGAGGGGCCAGUACAACGGUGCAUCUUUUUGGGACAUGCUUUAGAGGGUUUCGGUCUAUACUCGAAACCCUAGCUAGCAUCGCUGUGGUUUAGAUUAUAGUGGGGCCCCUGUUUCACGCGACGCCCCAAAUGCCCGUGUGCGGAAUAUAACAAAGACCACUGCCCGUAUAUUCCAGAUUUAUAGUAUUUACUUAGAAUUUAAAUUUUAUAAGUUUUAAAUUGUCAAAUGGUAACAGGCCUGCAACUUCUCCGGAGGAGUGCACACAUCACGAGCAAUUAUACCAACCCAAAUGGUCUUCGCAGCAGCUCACUAAGCGUUCCCUUCACGGCAGCAGCAGGUGGUUCCCCGUGAUUCCCCACCCCUGGCCCCAAAAACAAUUGUAGCGGAGGACGACCCACUAGUAAAUGGACCAACCGUCCACCGCAGAACCCCAGUCGAUCACCCCCAGGCUGGACUCCAAGGCGAUGGUUGCGGUGCUGACUCACCAGCACGGCUGGGGAGGAGGAGUUUCCCCGUGGUCGGCACAGUCUCACGUCUCCAGCACGGCAGCCGCAUCGAGCAGGAUGAGCGGAAUGGAAUCCCCACCCCUACAGUCUCCGCAGCAUACCCUUUAUUGAGUCGCACCCUUGUUUUUUUCCAUAUUGAUUAGCACGGCAUGCCCAUGAGUCCAAACCCUCGUGCUCCCGAGCUGAUCUAAUCCCCCGCACACCUGCAACCACUUUCGCACAAAGCCACCCCCGCGCGUCCCUCGCUCCUCAAUCAAAAGACACCCUGCCCCCAAAGCUAUCACUCUAACUGCGACAGCCAGCAUGUGUGAAAUUGCGUCCAGAGAAGAUGUGUAACCGAGAGUUUGAGACCGAUGUUCCAUAGCAUUCACAUACAGGUGUAGGUGUCAUCCAAUUGGAGAUGAGCUUUCUGUCCUUAUGAUGUAAUUAAUUGCAGAAGAGAAUUAGUUGAUAUGGAAUGCAUACUGCCUAUUAAAAACAUUAUUUAGGGGCAUAUUUUGAUAUAUAUGAAAUGAUUAUGUAUACAUUUUAACUGUUGGACAUUUCUAUUAAAAUUACUGCCAGGUGUG